GGAGGGGGGAGGCAUGGGGGCUCAAGCAUAUCAUCUGUGUCUAUUACAGUAUUUAUCAUCUAGCUCCAGCUAUGUCAUAUCUAUCAUAUCCUGUCUAUUAUCUCCCUACAACUAUUUAUCUUUCUAUAUCAACCACUGAGCUGCAGCACUUGCUGACCAAAAGGUCGGCAGUUUGAAUCUGGGGAGGGGGGUGAGCUCCCGCUGUUAGCCCCAGCUUCUGCCAACCUAAUAAUAAUAAUAAGUUUAUUUAUACCCUGCCUCCCUCUUCCCCGGAGGGGACUCAGGGCGGCUCACAAAUACUAUUAGAUAAAAACAGUGACAGUAAACAAUACAUCAGUAAACAAAAACAUACACCAAUUAUAAAAUUUAAACAUUAACCUAUGAAAAUGAAAACACACUUAAUAAACACGGAAUUAAAAACAGCAAAGUUGAGUAACAGACUAGCUAAAGUGCACUUUGUAAUAAGUUGUAAACUCAAGAUAACAGAUUUUUUUUCGUGUCAGGAGCGACUUGAGAAACUGCAAGUUGCUUCUGGAGUGAGAGAAUUGGCCGUCUGCAAGGACGUUGCCCAGGGGACGCCUGGAUGUUUUGAUGUUUUACCAUCCUUGACAGAUAAAGUGCUACAAAUUCAUUGUAGGUUAAUUUCGGAUAGGAAAUAUCAAGUUAACCAGGAGAAGUGGACCAAUGCAGGAAAGAUCAAGGAACAUAAUUAAUCACCUAGCAGUUUGAAAACAUGCAAAUGUGAGUAGAUCAAUAAGUACUGCUCCGGCGGGAAAGGUAACGGCGCUCUAUGCAGUCAUGCCAGUGGCCACAUGACCUUGGAGGUGUCUACGGGCAACGCCGGCUCUUCGGCUUAAGAAUGGAGAUGAGCACCAACCCCCAGAGUCCAACUCGACUGGACUUAACGUCAGGGGAAACCUUUACCUUUCAUCUCUCUCUAUAAUCUAUCAUGUCCCAUCUCUUUCCAUCAUCUAUCUCUUUCUCCUCAAUCAUAUCUAUCACCUCAAUUUGUCAAUAAUUACAGUAGGGUCUCACUUAUCCAAGCCUCGCUUAUCCAAGUUUCUGGAUUAUCCAAGCCAUUUUUGCAGUCAAUGUUCUCAAUAUAUCGUGAUAUUUUGGUGCUAAAUUCGUAAAUACAGUAAUUACAACAUAAUAUUACUGCGCAUUGAACUACUUUUUCUGUCAAAUUUGUUGUAUAAUAUGAUGUUUUGGUGCUUAACUUGUAAAAUCAUAACCUACUUUGAUGUUUAAUAGGCUUUUCCUUAAUCUCUCCUUAUUAUCCAAGAUAGUCGCUUAUCCAAGGUUCUGCCGGCCCAUUUAGCUUGGAUAAGUGAGACUCUACUGUAUCUCUAUCCACCAAAGCCACCACAAAAACACGUUCAAAAAGUGGUUUAUUCAGACGCGACUGCAUUCUCCCUAGUGUUCCAAAGGAGCCGGAGAUCCCUAUUGAUUUAUCAAUGAUUAGCCCAAUGUCAACAGAGGGGAGGCCAAGGCAAACAGCAAAGGUUGCAGGACCCAUCCUCCCCCUUUAAGCUCAGCUUUGAAGGACAAACAAACAAGCAGAGGAAGGAUCAAUAGCAGGCGCUCUGGCCAUUCCGGCGGUCCUUUUGGAAUCGUUCUGGGACAAAAGGAUCCAAUGGGGUUCCGGGCCCAGCAGAAGGCGGUGACACAUGCCCGGCUCACAAUGGCCACAAGGCCAAGACGGAGCAACUAAGGAUUCCGGCCCGGAAGCCUAUUCUUCUGUGGGUUCAGACCUUGGUGGAGCCUGCGUUGCUGUUUGGUCCCUGUCCUCCCCUGACCCCCUGUCCUGGACAUGAGCCCCACCACCUGCACCAUGAAGUGCCCUAAGAAAAGGAAUAGGGCGGAGCAGUUUUGGAAACUGAAGGCCAUCCUUCUCCUCCAAGGCAAGGAGGCAGGAGGGGCUUGGUUUGGAAGGGAGAGCGGAGGGUGGGCCCUGGCCCCAUUAGAAGCCAAUACAGAUGAUUGACAGAUACAGAGAUACAUGAUAGAAGGGAGAGCCCUGGCCCCACAACCACUGAGAAGAAAGGAGGAAGCCAACAGACUAUAUACACACAGAUGAUAUGAUGAAAUAGAUGGAUGAGAGUGGAGGGUGGCUUCUGGCCCCACAAAAAGCCAAUAUAAACAAUCGAGAGAUAGAUACAUGAUAGGAGGGUGAUCCCUGGCCCCACACCCACUGAGAGGGAAGGAGGAAGCCAACAUACAGUAGAGUCUCACUUGUCCAAGCUAAACGGGCCGGCAGAAGCUUGGAUAAGCGAAUAACUUGGAUAAUAAGGAGGGAUUUAGGAAAAGCCUAUUAAACAUCAAAUUAGGUUAUGAUUUUACAAAUUAAGCACCAAAACAUCAUGUUAUACAACAAAUUUGACAGAAAAAGUAGUUCAAUACGCAGUAAUGUUAUGUUGUAAUUACUGUAUUUACGAAUUUAGCACCAAAAUAUCACGAUAUAUUGAAAACAUUGACUACAAAAAUGGCUUGGAUUAUCCAGAGGCUUGGAUAAGCGAGGCUUGGAUUAGUGAGACUCUACUGUAUAUACAAAUAAUAUAAUAUAAUAUAUUGUAUGUAUAUAAUAUAAUAUAUUGUAUGUAUAUAUACUUGUAAACUGCCCUGAGUCCCCUUCGGGGUGAGAAGGGCAGAAUAUAAAUGUCGCUAAUAAUAAUAAUAUACACGUAAACAAUAGGAUGGAUGAGAGUGGAGGGUGAGCCCUGGCCCCACAAACACUGAGAGGGAAGAAGGAAAUUGACAGAUAGAUAGGACUGGAGGGUGAGUCCUGGCUCACAACAAGUGGGAGGGAAGGAGGAAGAUGAUAGAUAGAUUAUUAGGUAAACCUGGCCCCACAACAAUUGGGAGGGACGAAGAAAGUCAGUAACUAGACUAUAGAAACAUAUAUUGAUGUAUAGAUAGGUGAGAAUAGAGGGUGAGUCCUGACGCAAUGACAAUUGGGAGGUCAACAAGCACAUAGAUGUAGAUGGAUAUAGAGAUCGAGAAGAGUAGAGGGCAAGUCCUGGCACCAAAACAAGUGGGAGAGAAGGAGGAAGUCAAUAAGUAAACUAUAAAAAUAUAUAUUGAUGUAUAGAUAGGGGACAAUAGAGGGUGAGUCCUAGCCCCACGACAAUUGGAAGGAGGAGGUUAACAGGCACAUAAAUGUAGACAGAUAUAGAGAUGGAGAAGAGUAGAGGGCGAGUCCUGGCACCAAAACAAGGGGGAGGGAAGGAUAAAGUCAAUAGAUAGACUAUAUACAGAUAGAUAGAAAGAACUGGUGGGUGAGCCCUGGCUCCACAACAAGUGAGAGGGAAGGAGGAAGCCCAUAGAAUAUAGACACAUAAAUGAUAGAUAGAGGAGAGUGGAGGGUGAGCCCUGGCCCCACAACAAGUCCAAAAUACCGGGAGGGCUGAAGCGUGCCAAUGCCUGAUGUAGACAGAUAGGGAAGGGUUUGCCGGUGGGCUGCUCCUGCAUUGGGGGCUCCAUUCCUGUCCCUGCUGGGGCCCUUUGGGUCCAGGCGGUCCCAACGUGUCCCCUUGGCCCUCUGCUCCAGACCAAGUGAAGCAGCUCUUCCUGCAAGGCAAGGAGGAGAACCUGUGCCAGAAGGAGCUGAUGAACUUCCUGCCCCAGAAGACCUGGACCGGGAUGCCGGAGCUGCACCAGGUCAUGAAGCAUGACCGGGAGAUCCUAAGCAGCCAUGUCUUCGACCAGAGGAACGCCGAGAACCUCCUGCUCUACGAAGUGGCCCAAAGGGAGCGCUGCCUGGAGGCCCUCCAGCUGCGUCUGCAGCAUUUGCUGGACCUGGAGACCCCCGACCCACGGGCCCAGGUCCAGAUGCAGCUGAUUCGCGGCCUUGAGAACAACAUUGAGAAGAUGCGAGUGAAGAUCAUGACGGCAGAGAAGACCUACAGCCUGUACUUGAAGAUGGUGAUUGUGCUGAGAGAGGAAGUCUCCUACUUGCCCCUGAUCCUGGAUGACUUGGAGCACCGGGUGGCCGACUACCCAGAGAAGCUGCGCGGCAUGUGCAUCAGCAACAGCGACGAGGUCGAGGCCAUGGAGAGGGCAAAGGAGGACAUGGCUGCCGCUCGCAGCGCCCGGGCGGCCGGCAGGAAGUUCCGGGAGGCCCUCCUCAGCCUCCAGAAGAAGCAGCUGGAGCGCAUCCACACCAAGGAGGCCGGGGACAGGCACCGCAGGCUGGCCCGGCGGGACAUUAACAUGGAUUUCUCCAUGGCAGGACGCGAACCUACAAAAGGCCAGAAACUGGAAGCCUCCAAGGCACAGGUGGAGUUCCAAGGCCUGGUCCUCAGCGAAGUGGAGAAGAUCAAGAGCGCCGUCAAGUGCUCCCUCCUCUGGGACAUCGCUGGGAGGUUUAAGGCCCAGAAGAAAUCCGAGGAGAACCUGCAGCAGCAGAUCGAAGAGUCAGAGAAGCAGAGCCGGGGUUUAGAGGAGCAGCUGAAGGCCCUGGAGCUGGAGCAGGCUGGGCUCAAGUUCCACCAAAACCCACAACUGCUCAGUUCUAAAAAGCUGGAAAAUGAUUUGAAGCGAAGCCUGGCAGAGGAGGAAGAGCGGCUGGAACAGGUGCGCAACCUGGCCUCUAAGAACCAGGAGCUGCUCCUGCAUUUUGGGAACGGGAUUGACAACCUCUUCGUCCGUCUCUGCGGCAUCCAUGUCCCAGACCAGGCAGAUUUCCAGGAGGAAACGGGGGACAUACUGGACAAGCUGCAGUUCUGCGAAACCAAGCUGCUGUACUUGGUCGAAACGUUAGCCAAACGGUCCGCUUACGACUUCAGCCAAGAGGAAAGCAAUGAGACUUUUGUGGAGGUCAGGGAUUUCCUGGAGAACAGUAUCCGGGAGGAGCGCCGGAACCUGAGGAUCAGUUAUGAGGAAGACGAAGACGACUACAGAGAGCCAUUCAACAUGGACCACAGCUUCGUUCCCAGCCGUGAAGACAUCAAGAAGCAAGGCUUGAAGCUCAUUGAAGACAAAACCAAGGUCCCCAAGAAGAAGCAGAGAGGCGUCUCCAAGAAGUGAUCAUUACUACAUCCCCAUUUGUAUAUAAUUCGCUAUUUUUAAAUAAAUAUAUAAUUUGUUUA